AAAUACACAUUUCUUUCUCCAACACAGACAGACAGCACAGUAAGUAGCUUUUGUACUCCAUUACCAUGGCAUGCAACAGACGCCUGCCUCCUUCUCCUCUUGGAAGGAACAGUUCUCUCCUCCAACGCCUCCAUAGAGAAGAAAACCGUCGCACAAGGGAAGAAAAACCUUCUGAGGUAAAAAUUGAGAGUUCAGAGAAAGCACGUGGUACUGAUGCUGGAGUCAAUAAGAGAAAGCCAAUACGACGACCAAGGUCUAAAAGGCCAUAUUUAUUGCAGACCAAACCUUGGCAAGAAAAUCUGAAAGUGUUAAGGGCUGCUGCUGCCUGUGUUUAUAUUAACAAGCAAACUCCUGAACAAAAUCCAUUGGAAGAUGAUGCCAGUAGUUCUGGAUGUUCAAAUGUGAAGGACUUUGAAACAGAUUGUGAUGACAACAUUGGAGUUCAUCUUCUGGCAGAAGUUGCCACUGGAAUUAGUUUGGGGGUGGAAGAAAAAGAGGAACAUGGUAUGGAAAAAAGCAAACUCAAGAGAUCUCUGUGAUCUUGAGAAUUAUCAGAACAAUCUGCAGAACAAUGCUUGAUACAGUACUACUCAAUGUUCUCUAAUAGUUUAGUACACCUCCUAGUCUUAUAACUAGUAUGAAACCAUCUUUUCAUAUUUAUACAAAUAAAUAUGUAUCUUAUCAUUCUCAAUCUCACUAAAAUCACAAACCACCUCUUAGAGAUGAGAAUUUAUGUGGAUAUUAAUUUGAUAUGUCUGCCUAUGUAAAACUUUAACAUAAUUUAUUUUCUCACCUUUUGUUAUUA